AUCACUCAAGGAGUGGUUUCACCUGUGAAUUUGUUUACUGAUGUUGGCUUUCUGCUGGUUACCAAUAUUAAAAAAAAGAAAUUUUGUUUACCUGAAACGUGGAACGGUAGUCGUGUUGAUUUCUUAUAAUAAUUUGACGUAAAGUCCAAUGCGUAAGGUUUGAUUAUUUUCUGCUCCCUUAUUGAAUAGAAAAAGUUAUUUUCAGAAAAAAAAAAACAGUGUAAAUUACAGCUACGUAGCAAUGCCGCUGCGGCUGGACAUCAAGCGCAAGCUGACCGCGCGGUCGGACCGGGUCAAGUGUGUCGACCUGCACCCGACGGAGCCCUGGAUGCUGGCGUCCCUCUACAACGGCAACGUGCACGUGUGGAACCAUGACAGCCAGCAGCUCGUCAAGUCCUUUGAGGUAUGCGACCUGCCGGUGCGGGCGGCCAAGUUCGUGCCGCGCAAGAACUGGAUUGUGACGGGCUCGGAUGACAUGACGGUCCGGGUGUUCAACUACAACACGCUGGAGCGCGCGCACUCCUUCGAGGCGCACUCUGACUACGUGCGCUGCAUCGCAGUGCACCCGACGCAGCCGUACCUGCUCACCAGCAGUGACGACAUGCUGAUCAAGCUGUGGAACUGGGACAAGCAGUGGGCGUGCCAGCAGGUGUUCGAGGGCCACACCCACUAUGUCAUGCAGAUUGUGAUCAAUCCCAAGGACAACAACACGUUCGCAAGUGCCUCACUCGACCGCACCGUCAAGGUGUGGCAGCUGGGCUCGUCCACACCCAACUUCACUCUCGAGGGUCACGAGAAGGGCGUGAACUGCGUGGACUACUACCACGGAGGCGACAAGCCCUACCUCAUAUCUGGGGCUGAUGACCGCCUCGUCAAGAUAUGGGACUACCAGAACAAGACGUGUGUACAGACGCUGGAGGGGCACGCACAGAACAUAUCCGCAGUGUGCUUCCACCCGGAGCUGCCCAUAGUGCUGACUGGCUCCGAGGAUGGCACGGUGCGCGUCUGGCACGCCGGCACAUACCGCCUCGAGUCCUCGCUCAACUACGGGUUGGAGCGCGUGUGGACCAUCGCCUGCAUGCGCGGAUCCAACAACGUGGCUGUGGGCUACGACGAGGGCAGCAUCAUGGUGAAGGUGGGGCGUGAAGAGCCGGCCGUCUCGAUGGACGUGAACGGGGGCAAGAUCGUGUGGGCUCGCCACUCGGAGGUGCAGCAGGCUAACCUCAAGGCGAUGGGCGAGGGAGCGGAGGUCAAGGAUGGGGAGCGCCUCCCACUGGUCGUCAAGGACCUGGGUAGCUGCGACAUCUACCCGCAGACCAUCGCGCACAACCCCAAUGGCAGGUUCGUGGUGGUGUGUGGGGAUGGAGAGUACAUCAUCUACACAGCAAUGGCAUUGCGCAACAAGGCCUACGGCUCAGCCCAGGAGUUCGUGUGGGCCCAGGACUCCUCAGAGUACGCAACACGCGAGGGCAGCUCCACCGUCAAGGUCUACAAGAACUUCAAGGAGAGGAAGUCCUUCAAGCCUGAGUUUGGAGCGGAGGGCAUCUUCGGAGGCUUCAUGCUGGGUGUGCGCUCGGUGACGGGCCUCACUUUCUACGACUGGGAGACCCUGGGGUUGGUACGCCGCAUCGAGAUUCAACCGCGGUCAGUGUUCUGGUCGGAGAGCGGGGAGCUGGUGUGCCUCGCCACGGAGGAGAGCUACUUCGUGCUGCGCUACGAUGCGGGUGUGGUGGCCCGCGCCCACGAGACCAAGGAGGGCCUUACUGAGGAUGGUGUCGAAGAUGCGUUCAUCUUCCUUGGCGAGAUCCACGAGACAGUCAAGACGGGCCUUUGGGUCGGCGACUGCUUCAUCUACACCAACGGUGUGAACCGCGUCAACUACUAUGUCGGCGGGGAGAUCGUGACGGUGUCUCACCUCGACCGCACCAUGUACCUGCUGGGCUAUGCGCCGCGUGACAACCGCCUCUACCUUUGCGACAAGGAGCUCAACGUGGUGUCGUACGCACUCUUGCUGUCCGUGCUGGAAUACCAGACGGCGGUGAUGCGUGCAGACUUCGGCACGGCAGACAAGGUGCUGCCGACCAUCCCACGCUCCCAGCGCACCCGUGUCGCACACUUCCUCGAGAAGCAGGGCUUCAAGCAGCAGGCGCUGGCGGUGUCCACGGACCCCGAGCACCGCUUCGAGCUGGCGCUGCAGCUGGGCGAGCUGGGCGUGGCGCUGCAGCUGGCGACGGAGGCUGCGUCGCAGCAGAAGUGGCGCCAGCUGGCGGAGCUGGCCACGGCCAAGGGCCAGCUGGACCUGGCGCAGGAGUGCCUGAGCAGCGCUCGCGACCACGGCGGCCUGCUGCUGCUCGCCACAUCCUCCGGUGACGCAGGAAUGGUGAAGAAGCUGGCGGAGAGCUGCGACGAGGCGGGCAAAAACAACGUGGCGUUCCUGUCGCACUUCUUAUUGGGCGACCUGGAGCGCUGUCUGGAGAUACUCGUGAAGACUGACCGCCUGCCAGAAGCCGCCUUCUUCGCCAGGACGUACCUGCCGAGCAAGAUCUCGUACGUGGUCGGUCUGUGGCGGGAGUCGCUGUCCCGGCUCAGCGAGAAGGCGGGCCAGUCACUGGCCGACCCCCGGGACUACGAGAACCUCUUUCCGGGCCUCGUGGAUGCACUCAAGACGGAGCAGUUUCUGGCGAGAGAGAGGCGUCAGCGUCUGCCUGCGAGCGCGUGCGUCGAAAUCGUGCCCAACUACGAGCGCAACCCGGUGGAGGAGAUGAAGGCGGCGGAGGAGAGCGGGAGUUUCCGCUACGUGCCUGGCCAUGACGAUGUGGACGCCAGUGCUGACGCCGACGUAGACAUAGCGGAGAUGGAAGAAAAGGUCUCACAUUUGACGUUGAGUCGCUCGGUGGUGCCGGAUUUGACGAUGCCGGCCCCGGUGGUGCCGCCCGUGAGCGCCCAGACAGACGACGAGCUGGACGAUGAGCUGGAGCUAGACAUAGCCAGCCUGGACCUGGACAACAUCGACACCACGGACGUGAAUCUGGAUGACGACUUUCUGGGCGAUGAAGAGUGAUGGAUACAGGGGAACUUGAGUAUCAAGUACCACACCUAAAGUAUUUAUUUUUGGAUCGUUUGAAGCUGUUUUACAUUUAGUAACAGUUCAGUAUGAAACAAUUUUUUUUAUCAAGUACCAAAACUGGAUUUUUUUCUUUUGUGUUGUAAUGAGAUUUCAGUGUUACUUUAAAUCAUUCCUGUUGUUUUUAUUGUAAAGAUCAAUUAUAUCAUAGGUUUAAAUUUAUUAGAAUUGUAUAAAUGUAAGAGAUUACAAAAAUGUACAUGUACAUUUUUAUAACAUGCAAUAGGUCAGUGACUAAUUAAUCGGUGUGAAUAAACUAUUUUUUGUUUAA